GGCUCUAAGCAGUGGGUGAACAGAGCAUCCCUGACACUGAGAGAGAUACAGGCACACAUCCAUGAUCUGAAACGCAGAGCAGGAGAGAAAACUGUGCCUCAGCCGUGGUGCUGCAGCAAAUGCAAGAGUGCUAUUACAACAUAUUGAAGAGCGACAACAUUACCGGAUUCACAGUAUUAAGUCAUCUACUUUGCUGGAGACUCGUUUGAAACAGCUCUCUUUGUUUUUCCCUUUCUGGCGAUGUGGGGAUGGACCUGACUCAUGAACGAAAGAUGAGCUUUGAAGGUGCAGAGAGUAGACCAGCUCCGCCCACCUCCCUGCCCCUACAGGGCCAAGGGGGUGUGGCCUCUCAGAGGAAAAAGCUGUCCGCUCCUCGUAUUAGUCUAUCAUUGGACCAAAGUGAGGAUGACCUGUUUGACACACCAGAUGACCUCGACAUCAAUGUUGAUGAUCUGGACACACCUGAUGAAGCAGAUUAUACUGACCAUGAAAUAGACUGGGAAGAGCCUCAAGCAUCCCAGAGAGAUUCAGUAAAAGAAACAGCUGAGCCCAUUCCCACAUACAGUGCUGAAGAAGAGCGGCAGGAUUCCAAACUCUGGAGAACUGUCAUCAUUGGAGAGCAAGAGCACCGCAUCAACAUGAAGAGCAUUGAACCCUACCAAAAAGUCAUAUCCCAUGGAGGCUACUAUAGCAAUGGUGCGAAUGCCAUCAUUGUGUUUGCUGCAUGCUUCCUCCCUGACAGUGACAGAGAGGACUAUCACGAGAUCAUGGAAAACCUCUUUCUGUAUGUUAUCAGUACACUAGAGCUCAUGGUAGCAGAGGACUACAUGAUCAUCUAUCUGAAUGGAGCCACUCCACACCGGAGGAUGCCUGGCCUCAACUGGCUUAAGAGAUGUUACCAGAUGAUUGACAGGAGGCUUAGAAAGAACUUAAAAUCUUUCAUUAUUGUUCACCCAUCAUGGUUCAUUAGGACAAUUCUAGCCAUCACAAAACCAUUUAUCAGCUCAAAGUUCAGCAGUAAGAUAAAGUAUGUGAACAGCUUAGCUGAACUGGAGGAGCUCAUCCCAAUGGAGUACGUCCACAUACCCGAGUGCAUCAUCAGACUGGAUGAGGAGUUACGGGAAGCAUCGGAGAGCUCUACAAUCAACAGCUUUCUCCAUGGAAGUGAGAUUCCACAAGGAUCUAUAGCUCAACCCAAUGUGAGCAGUUCAUAAGAGUCGUUGGCUGUGGGUGCAAGAACAAUAUGUCUGUAAAGGUUUUGAGUAUUUCAAAUUGUAAUGAUUGCACGCUAAUAUGGAUGCAAUAAUCACUUAUAAUAAGAGAAAAGGGUAUUUUUGUUAGCUCGCAGUGCUGGGAUGAUUAAAGCAGCACAACAUAUUCUUAAAAACAAAUCACCUCAUAUACAAUAAUUCUUCUCACAUUUGAAUUUGCACCACAGAACAGUAGCUUAAAUCAGCUCAAUGCUUGAAACAUUCUUUGUCUCCUAUCGUCUUGCAAAAGUUUAUCUUGUUACUUGAAUAAUGCAUGAGAGGCAUUUUAGCAAUAAUAUCAUGUUGUACUUUUCCCCUUUAGGCUCAUAAUUUUCACAGUCAGCUAUUUUUUUCUAAUUGGAGCAUGUAUAAAGGCAAAAUAGGCAAAGAAUCAUGUCACUUCAGUUGCUGUCAAUAAUAAUGCAUGCAAGGUUAUUCUAAACACAAAGACAAUGCAUAGCAUCCUGUUAGCACCAAUGCUAACUCUCCACCCUCUCAUGCUAAAUUGAUGACUUGGGGACAUAGAAGAUAGAGCACUCUAGAGUUACUUAUUUCCAUUGUCAGAAACAGUACGAGUCAGGUUUUAAUUUAAAUUUAGCCUCAUAUCAAUUUGUGUAUCAGUUCAAAUUCAGCAGAGAGAAAUCAUUUGUAGUUCUUAAAUGUGAAGUGUAUUAUGUUAAAGUGCUUUCUCUAUUGCAUUAAAGGGAUAAUUCACCCCACAAUUAAAACUUGUCAUCA